AUGAGAAUUGAAAAGUACAAAAGGAGUCGAGUUGAGGACGCCCAUAGCCAAGAGAGGACGUUCAGUAAGAGUAAGAACCAAGCUGAAGAGAGUAGGAAGAGUCAUAAAUCGUCUAAGUAUGCCAGUCGUCCUUCAGGACGUGACACAUCAGGACGCCCAUCACACAGCGUCCUGCAGACUGAAUACAAAGAGGAGCCUGAAUACAAAGAGGAGCCCAAGACCAACCAACGGCCCCAGCAGCUGACCAGAGAAGUCGCCGCGUACAACAAGUUCCACCACAGCAACGGUCAUAGUACUGAGGAAUGCCGACACCUUAAAGUCGAGAUUGACGAGCUCAUCAAGGGCGGUGCUCAAAGGCAGGGAGGAGAAGGUGCACGCCCAGCCAGAACUGGAAGGCGACAACGUGAGCGUAGCAGGUCACCAGAAAAAAGGAGAAACAAUCAGCCUGGUUAUCAACCUCGUCAUGAACGAGAUCGCGGAGAAGACUCCCCACGAGACCGCAGAGUGUCGGUUAACCAAAGCAAUAGAGGAAGACGAGAAGGAGAGGAAGACGAGAAGGAGAGGAAGAAGAUUCAGCAGUCAUCAAGCACGGGGUGA